GCUGAGGGAAUUAUUUAAGAACUGAUCGUGAGGAGGGCUUCAGCUCAUUUCUGGUUUAACUCUUUUCAUACGCCCCUUGACUCACAGAACCCUUUUCAGUGAAGAACUUUGGAAGAGUAGCCUAUAUGAAGGUUUUAAUCCCAAUAUUUGCCUUGUUGGCCGUGUGCAUCGCACGAGAAGGAACAAGCGACGAUGAAGCCGACAUCAAAGUUUUAUUUGACAAUGCGCUGGCUGAGGAUGACGUCACGUUAACCCCUGAUGAUUAUGAAGAGAGGCUCGCUAUAUUCGUUCUUAACUUCCUUUCUGGAGACGAUGACGAUGAUAUCGAUUUGGACUUGAUGUUCACCGCAGAGGAACUUACAGCUAUGAACGGAGCAAAAUUGGUACCCGGACUCAAAUCAAAACUUCAAGAGGAACUUGCGAAAAGGGGAAUUGACCCUUUUGAGGAGCUCAACAAGAGGUCGGUAGCUUAUUACGACGGACGAAGAAGUGGAGGAAGAACUAUUGUCAACACAGCCGUCCAUCAGGGAGUCUGUGGAAACUGUUAUCUUCACACUUUUAUUGCCGCUUUGGAAAUCGCCUACGCUAAAGCAACCGGACAGGUCAUCAAAUUCAGUGAACAGGAAAUGACAGAUUGCUACAACAAUGGUUGCGAGGGUGGAGAUUACAAGAUGGUUACUAUUACUAUGGGUUAUUUGGACAAGCUGAGCUCAAAAGUUGGAUAUGGAGAUUAUCUGUCUAAACAGCUAACUUGCAGAAUGGACACUACUCCCGAUGCUCUCAAGGCUAUCAAAGUUGUAGAUUUCGUAGAUGUGACCCCUGCCAACGUUGAAGUUGCCAUCAGGAAGUACGGAAGUGUUAUGACGUGCAUGAAGUGGGGUGGACCUGGACAAGCUUGUGACAUGUCCAACUACCGCAGGGGAGCUGUUGUAAACUACCCUGCAUACCCCAAGGGCUGUGACCACGCUGUCCUGAUUGUUGGAUACACCCCUCAUUAUUACCUGAUCAGGAACUCUCACGGUGCCAACUGGGGAGACCGGGGAUACUUCAAGAUCCGACGAGGAACCAACUCGUGUGGUGUUGAACAGGACAUGGCAGCUGUGGUAACGGAGGUGCGAGGUAACAAGGGUGGUAUCACUUCAAGUGGAUGUCCUGCUGAUAAGCCUUAUCUUUGCGCAAAGAUCAACACUUGCUCCGCUGUCCGAUCUUGUACUUCUGCUAUCUCCGAAAGAGAGGAGGAAGUAAUCGUCGCCGAAGAAGAGGUUAUCGAACAGAUGCUUGCUGAAGAAGUUGAAGAAGAGGUUAUGGCCGAAGAAGAAGAAGUUGUUGAGGUUGAGGUUGAAGAAAGAGAAGCUAGCGAUGAGGAGGAGGUUCAGCUUGAAAAGAGAGAAGUCAGAAUUCCUGGAGAAAAGAAGAAGAGAGAAGUUAGAGUACCUGGAAAACUGCAGAGAAUACUAAAAAAGGAAGAGCUCAAUGCUGAAGAAGAAAACUUUGAGGAGAGAGAGGACGGAAAAAGGAAGAAGAACAAAAAUAGUGUCCGAAUACCCGGAAAAUUGCAAAGAAUGCUCAAAAAGAGAGGAGCAUCCGAGGAGGCUCUUGCUGAAUACUUUGCUGAAAGAGAGGCUGACGAAGAGUUGGCCGAGGAACUGGAAAAGAGAUGUGCUGAUCGAUCCAGCGUAUGUGCGAGAAUGAAGGCUUCUGGUCAACUCAAAUGUGCUGGUAGAUAUUUGGCUUUCUGUUCUAAAACAUGUGGAGCCUGCGGUUCGGCCCCCGCUCCUAAGGUUAAACCUACUGGAGAAAAGCAAGGAAAAUGUAUCAAACCAACUAUUGCCAACGGUCGUGUAGGUAACGGCAAUAUCAUGCAGCCCGGUGAAGCCUUAAACAUAAGAUGUAACCCCGGUUACACUUUGGUUGGAGGCAAAGCCACUUGUCUGAUCCAGAACAUUUUUACUAACGCAGAAAAAGAUGGCCGUCUUCACCCUGAGUGUGUCAAGUUGGGAGGAAAUAGUUUGUCUGGUAACGGUGCCAGCUACACUGGAAACCAGAACACUUACACUGUCGGACCCAUGACUUACGAGUGUGACAGCUGGAACAAAGACGUUUUGAGAGGAAUUUUGAUGAACGAGAAACACGCCAUGGCCCUCGCCAUCGGAAAUCACAAUUACUGCAGAAACCCCGGUGGUGUUGAGCCAGUACCAUUCUGUUUGGGAGCCGCUACCGGAAUUGGUAAAAUAAAUUAUUGUUUCGGACACCCCGGAUGUGAUACUUGCGCUGGAGCUGCUGACAAAUACGGAGCUGAUUAUUGUGGUGACGCAAGAAACCUGAGGUUCUGCCUGUACACUGACAAGGCUUCAGCCAACAGAGUUGCAGCUAUCCAAGGGAACUGUGCUGCUACUUGCUGUGCUAUUGCUGGGUGUUAAACAACGAUGAUGUCACCACGCAGUGACGUCAUCACGCGAUGACGUCGUCGUGUUAUGACGUGGUCUCGUAAGAACAGCUGAGAGUAUUGCUAUGCAAUAUUGGCUGAUUAACGGAAAUGGACAUGAAUUUAUCACGGACAAUGGACAUUUUCAAUUGAUUUCAUAUUUUCAUAAAAUUUGUACUUUGAAUAUAAUGAAAUUUUGUUAAUAAGUGUGAUGAAUAUAACGAAUUGCAAUGAA